AUGGUUCUGGGCCAAGCUGUCAACAUGAGUUUGAUGGACAUUUCAAAGAUCUUCUCCCUGCUGCAGCCCAAGGAGGAGGAUGAGGACAACGAGCAGUGUCAGGCCCUGAACAACGCUGUGAGCAGCGACAACGUGACUCUGCUCUCCGAGCUUCUGUCUCAGGAGAGUUACAGGAGGUCUAUCAAUGCUCGAAGCGGGUGGGUCCCAGUAACCCCCUUGCGCAGUGCUGCUGCUCUGGGACACCUGAGGUGCUUGGAGUUGUUGUUGGAGCACGGUGCAGAGAUCGACAGCCUGGACGUGAAGGCCCAGACGCCCCUGUUCACAGCUGUCAGUGGGAAACAUCUGGACUGUGUGGUCGCCCUGCUGAAGGUGGGAGCCGAUCCUAAUGGCAGCCAGUACAACAACUGCUCCCCACUGCUGACCGCAGCCCGUGAGGGCGACGUGGAGGUGCUCCGAGAGCUGCUGCGCUAUGGAGCCGAGGUGGACGUCAAACCCAAGGUCCCCGAGUGGGCCUCCAAUGCCACAUCCUGCAGAGGGCCCCUUUACAUCUCAGCUGUUUAUGGACACCUGGACUGCUUGAAACUGCUCCUUCUCCACGGGGCCAACCCAAACUACAACUGCACAGACGAGAAGUUGCUGGCCAGGAUAAAGCAGCCGAAGACAGUCCUGGAGGUGUGUCUGCGUUAUGGCUGCGGGGUGGAGUACAUCCAGCUGCUCAUAGACUUUGGCGCAGAUGUUUAUCUGCCCACACUGAUCAUUGACAAGACUACAAAGCAGAACGAAGCUCUGAUUCUGCUACUCAAAGAGAGAGUUUGUCCCAAAACACUGAUGUCGCAAACCCGGCUAGCAAUUCGAAGAUAUCUCCCCUUCUCCAAUAAAGAGAUAGCCAUCGACAGCUUGGACGUCCCUCUGAUCCUGAGGAACUAUCUAAAGCACGAAACGUCUGAACAGAUAUGA